CAGAUUGUAAUUUCAAGUAUAAUAAUUUACGCGGCCGCUACGAUCCGUGGCCCAGAAGUCAUAGCUGUGUUAGCUUUAUAAUUGCUUUGCACGCCCGCCCUUCCCUCACCUUCCGACUGUUUGCUCUCACUCCCUCUCCACUUUACUUACCCAGCUUGGUGGUUGCUCUUGCCUAUUCCACUUCGACAACACAAUCCCAAUCGCAACUCGUGACAGACCCCACCGACCGAACUACUUCGUUGGCCACGUAGCUAAACAUCCCCAUAAGCAUCCAAUUGCCAAAGAACACUUGCCAUUAGCGACCUUCACCUCUCCUGGACAAUUCACACAAAUUCGUCCACAAUAACAAGAAAAUAAUCGCCAUGUCGGGCCUCCAAAACUCAGAUCCGCGGAAGCGGAGCCCCAAGUUCCCAGUUCAGCAAAUGACAAUUCUUGGUUGGUCUACAGCUUCAUGAGAAGCAGAACUUUUGUUGAUAUUUGUAGCAUUAUGCCGAAUCUGCGAACCCAUCGCCUUCAUGUCGAUUUUUCCAUACGUUUACUAUAUGGUUCAAGAUUUUAAAAUCACCAACAAACCGGAGGACCUCCCAAUGUAUGCAGGAAUGGUGACCUCAGCUUUCGCUUUCGCCGAAUUCUCCUCUGGGGUUGCUUGGGGUAGACUAUCCGACAGAAUUGGACGAAAGCCGGUACUUUUGACGGGUUUGGCUGGAACGGCACUAAGCAUGUUGAUUUUUGGUUUCGCUCCCAGUCUGCCAGUUGCCUUAAUGGCAAGAGCUUUGGGAGGGCUUCUAAAUGGGUAUGUGUCAAAGCUCUGCGCUCUCCGGAUAAUUGUGACUAAUUUGAGUUUCUCUCCAGAAACAUCGGAGUUCUUCAAACCACUGUCGCUGAAAUGGUUACCGUCAAGGAACAUCAACGUGCGUAUUUUGCAUACAUGCAGAUUGCUUCGUGCUGACAAUUUACUAGCCCGCGCGUACACCAUCAUGCCUUUCGUUUGGUGUCUUGGGUGAGUCCGACAAUGAUGGUUCGAAUAUUCUGAUUCUAACGUAUCCGUAGAUCAAUCCUCGGACCUAUGCUUGGCGGAGCACUUGCCAAUCCUGUGAAGAAUUACCCCUCAAUCUUCCCCGACGGAUCAAUCUGGUCGAACUAUCCGUAUUUACUACCUAACCUGGUCUGCACAAUCAUCGUUUCUUUUGGAGUGGUGAUUGGAAUUUUGUUCUUGGAGGAGACUCACCAGGAAAAGAAGCAUCGACGCGAUCCGGGCUUGGAAGCUGGAAGAUGGAUUAUCCGAAAAGUUACAGGUGGAGGAUCUCGAAUUUCAAGCCGCGAAAAGGUCAUGGAUUUCCAAGAGGCCGUGGCCCUCUUGCACGAAGACGAACAGCCUCCAGGAUACAGAACAAACGAAGGAUCACCUCUCCUACCAUCCACUCCAUCGCCUGAGCCAAAUGAGGAAUUGGAUCUUAAUGACACUACGACUAUUUACAAACCCAAGCCAGCGGUAUCGAAAGCAUUCACACGACAAGUUGUUUUGAACAUUAUCGGUUAUGGAAUCUUAGCUUAGUAAGUUAUGCACCUCUUUCUCUUACUGCGGUUUGACUGACUUGGCAUCAGCCAUACGAUCACCUUCGAUUCUAUGCUCCCCACCUUUCUCAGCACACCCAAGGAACAAGGAAGCUCCAUGCCAUGGUCUUUGCCAUUUAAAUUCGUUGGUGGUUAUGGACUCACGGAACCCGAGAUUGGGGUUGUUUUGGCUGUUCAAGGUGCAUAUUCUAUGAUGGUGAAUGUUUUCCUCUUCCCCAUGAUUGUCCGCAAAAUCGGUGCGUUGGGAUUGUUCAGGAUGAUUGCCAUCUCAUAUCCGCUACUCUACAUUGCAACACCCUAUCUCGUCCUCCUCCCAGAGCAACUUCAAAUGGCUGGUGUUUAUGUCGUGGUCAUCUGGAAGUGCACAUUCUCAACCCUCGCUUACCCUAGCAACGCCAUUCUUCUCACCAAUUCAGCACCAUCUCUCCUGCUCCUCGGUACGAUCAAUGGAGUGGCUGCCUCGACUGCGAGUCUCUGCCGAGCAUUCGGGCCCACAGCCUCUGGCUUCCUCUUUUCCGCCGGUCUUAGCUCAGGUUACUCAGGACUUGCAUGGUGGUGUAGCGCCAUCAUCUGUAUAUUUGGAGCAGUUUUGAGCUUGAGUAUGAGCGACAAGGGAGGACGAAUGGACCCAGACGAGAAGAGUGAACCCGAACCGGAGUUGGGAUUCGAGGAACAGAUCUUGGAUCAUAACGCCCUUGAUUCAGCGAUUGCCGCGGCGAAACCCCGAGAUGACUCGAUAUAAUCAUGCCUUGCAUACGAUUCACGAAUUUCCUUGGACCCCCUUCAUCGAUUUCGAAUCUCCGUUAGCGUUCUUGGGUUCUCUUUUUCUAUUCUCAUUGGUUUCCUCGGGAGGAAUACUUGUAUAAAUUUCUCGGCAUACUUUUGUUCUUUACUUUUGUUAUCAUCGUAUUUUAGAUAUCCCUCUUUUCUUUCGCCGGCGUCUUUACAUGAGCAGGGGUUUUCCAACUUUCCGAGAGAAGGAGAUGUUUUUCUUCUUCGGCAAGGGAGUUUUUUUCAACCAUAUAUUCCUUUUUAAUAUUUGUUUCUGUUUUCAUUGGUUUGGUUUGGUUUCAGCACAAAAAAUCUUUGGUUUUGUUUUUCGGGAGUUUUUAUAAAGAAGGAAAGGGAUAUGGUUCAAAUCAUUGGGAUUAUGUAUAUUGUCUUAUAGUACCCGGAGGGGAUGGGGGAGUUUGUGCUUUGCCUCACAUAUGGAUGGGGUAGGCCUGGGAUGUUCCUGCUUUUAGGCGAUUGGAACGGGAAAGGAUGGAAGGAAGGGCAUGGCA